UUUGUCAGUUUUGAGGCAGAGUACAGAAGGUGUUGAGGGGGCUCUGCACGCCAGGCUGUUUAUCCUUUCCCUGCAACCAUGCUACACGCAAUUGCCGCCAUUUAUGUCCUUCUGCUCAUCAACUUCAGUGGGGCAACUGAGUAUGGUAUAACAGGUGGCAAAGUUGCAAAACCGCAUUCCAGACCCUACAUGGCGUCACUCCAGAUUCAAGGAAAGCAUAUAUGUGGUGGGAUGCUUAUUCGGAAGGAUUAUGUUCUAACCGCAGCACACUGCAAAAACUGUUUCCAAGACAUCACAGUCGUCCUUGGGGCACAUAACAUCAGCAAGAAGGAGAGAAGCCAACAAAGGAUUAAUGUGAAGAAGUACCAUGCACAUCCGCAAUUUAAAGCCGACCAAUUUGAGUAUGACAUCAUGCUCCUUAAGUUGGAAAGAAAUGCCAAAGUCAACAACAAUGUAGCGACAAUUGAUUUAGCAACAAAAAACAAGGACAUUCCUGCCAACACAAAUUGUGAAGUGGCUGGCUGGGGAAGUACUGGACCAGAAAAACCUUCUUCAGAUGUUCUGAUGGAGACCACAGAGAGUAUCCAAUUCAGCUUUGAGUGCAAACAUAUCUGGAAAAUGUAUUUCAAUUCCACACAUAUGAUCUGCACCAAGUUUAACAAAAAGACGGGAGGAAUAUGUCAGGGAGAUUCUGGGGGACCUCUUAUUUGCGACUCCAAGGUUCAAGGAAUAGCUGCUUAUACUUUUAAAGAAAAAUGUGAUGAUCCAAAGCAUCCACAUGUUUUCACUAAAGUUCGUUCCUUUCUGCAGUGGAUGGAAAAAGUGAUGAAAGGCUGAGGCAACCUCAUUUAAUGGAAAGUUUAGUAAAAUCUACAUGUAAAAACCUGA